UUACAUUCCCGUAUCGUGAAAAAAUGAGUUCGCCAGUCAAGAGGAUGACCGUUUUCACAACCGCCGGCGCCGUUCUUCUGGUUCUCGUAUUGCUGGCUACAGACACCGAUGCUCGACCAUCGGGAUCAUCCCUCAGCAGGCAGAAACGAGUAUCCGAUCAACGUCUGGCAGAACUUGAGACGUUAUUAGCGCUGUCGAAAUUACGUGGACAGCUUGUUACCGUACCAGUUGCAUUCGGCCAAGUGGAUCCCAAUAAAAUUGGCCGCAGGCGACGAUCUAUGGAAAGUGGGCUUCAAAGACUUCAACGACUUCUGCAAGAAGCUGCAGAACAAGACUCUCUUUCCGUUGGUCAAGAAAGUGACGAAUCUUUUCAAUCGUAUUUCAACAACCAUCAACAUCGACAAGGGGCGGAGACGGAGGAACAAUUAGUAUAAUUUGAAAAACUUACGGAAAUGUCUUAAGAAGUCAACCGAAAGGUUCUCAACCCUCGUCCCUCUACAGUAUUAGCGGAAAAACUCUGCCGUCUGAUUUUUAGUUUAAUUUAACGCUUUAGUCUAAAUUCUUUUUUUUUUUCUUUAUUUUUUUUUUAAGUUGAUUCUAACAAUUCGACUGUUUGUCUUGUGCGUUAAUCGUAACGAGAACUGCGCUACGAAAAUUUGAUAUUCCAUUCUCUAGACAUUAAAAAAAAAAGAAGAAUUUAUAUCAAAAUAUUCCGAGCGUAAUAUAGUCUGCACUAGCGAAUACAUGUAGUGUACGGUGUGUGUAACUGAUGGUAUU